GCAGUCAUCCAGUGAGCAAAAAAGUCUCUGUACGCCCCUUUUUCGUAGACAUUCGGUCGGUCGUCCGCUGUGAUUUAUUGCAAAUUUCUUUUCAAAAAGUGUAUUUUUCUCAGCUAAACUAGUGCCACAUCCUUAAUAACGCUUAGUAAUACUAGAUUCGCGAAUAGUUGAACGGUUUCAUGCAGUGCUAGCUGUGUUUUCCGCUUUUUCUGCACAUCCUGUCUAUGGUUAGCAUUUUUUUCCUUGUCUCGUUUUGUUCUACUUUGGCUGGCUGUUAAUCGUGUUGAAUCCCCCAAAAAGGGUCAUUUUCGCUCGUGCGUGUUUUGGUUUUUAUUCGUUCAAUCAUUGGCGACCCGCUCGGCACAACAGAAAAUCACCGUUAACCGUGCGGGGUAUUGUAUGCCAGAAACUAGUUACGCAUACUACCUGUUAGCUGCUUAUUAACCGAAAGCUGUUCUGCGAGAUAGUCUUUUUUUUUUGCUUAAUCCUGCACCUGCAUUGCCGGGACGAACGUAAGCGUUGGAUUACUCAUCGUGUUGAUGCUGCUGAGUGCGGAGAUUUUUUUUCCAUCUCGCUUGUGUUUGUGUGCUGUUAAGCUCGCGCAAUAAAUCCAUCAACAAGCGGACCGAUAUCUACUGCCUACUGCUGCUGCUGGAACGCUCUUUUCGGUGCGAUAACAACGAUGGCCAGCGAUGCUUGAGCGGGUCCGAUUGGGUGGCUUCAGUGGUUCGUACAAAGUAAGAAGUGCCGAGCUGGCGCGCGACAGGAAAGUCCCAACCAAAGCGGUGACCGUUCUGUUUCUCGAUGAAAGCACCCACACCUUCCAGCUAGAGAAGAAGGCGAAGGGAGCCGAUCUUCUCGAGCAGGUCUUCCGGCAUCUGGAACUUACCGAACGGGACUACUUUGGGCUGCAGUUUCAACCAAAAUGUGGUACAGGCACAAGCGGAAACAGCUCUACCAGCGGAGUAAAUGGCGGUAACAGCGUCAAGAGCAGUAGUAACUCGGAAUCGGCAACAGCGGGUUCGGGCCGAUGGUUGGAUCCGAACAAACCCUUUCGGAAACAAUGGAAUUCUGUGCGCCUCUCGGGGGACUCCAGUCCGACGCUUGCCUUCCGGGUAAAAUUUUAUGUAACCGAUCCGAGCCGAUUACACGAAGAGUAUACGAGAUACCAGUUCUAUCUGCAGAUAAAACGGGAUAUUUUUCAGGGCAAACUGCCAGUAGGUUUAAAUACCGCCUGUCUGCUCGCUAGUUACACAGUGCAGUCUGAGCUGGGCGACUACAAUCCUCUGGAUCACACAUACGGAUAUCUUAGUGAAAUGCAGCUGCUGACUGAGCAGAACGAAGAAACCGAACGGCGGAUAUCAGAACUGCACAAGCUUCACCGGGGGCAGUUACCGGCGGAUGCCGAAUAUAACUAUCUCGAGCAUGCCAAACGGUUAGACAUGUACGGAAUAGACUUUCACAGAGCGACGGAUUCAACCGGUAAAGAACUGAAUCUGGGCGUUUCGUCCAUAGGAUUGCUAGUCUACCAAAAUGGUAUUCGCGUCAAUACCUUUUCCUGGUCUAAGAUGGUUAAGGUGUCAUUCAAACGAAAAGAUUUCUUCAUUCAACUGCGACGUGAACCGUCGGAAAACUACGACACGCUGCUCGGUUUCAGUAUGGGUUCACAUCGUAACGCGAAAACACUAUGGAAAGCGUGUGUUGAGCAUCACUCGUUUUUCAGACUGCAAAGACCGCACCGUUCACCGCGAUUCCUGCCAUUAACCUUAGGUUCUAAAUUUCACUAUUCCGGCCGCACCGAGCUGCAAGCCGUCCAGGAGAGCAGAGAGCGUGGCAAGGUUGCCAAAAUUUUUAUACGGUCACCGAGCAAACGAUUGCUGUGUCCUUCCCAGCCACAGUCCCCACUGUUGAACGGAUCCAGCAACGAAGGCAGCAAUGGAAAUGGCGCGAGCAACAAGAACCAACUAUCGCUUCUAUCGCUCACGAAAGCCACCCGUACGUACGAUAAAGUUACUUCGAAAACACCAUCGAUUCCACGGAAGGCCUGGGAACAGCAGGGCGAUGAUCCUACUUUCAUCGAACACUGCGGUCGAACGUACGACGCCCAGAUUCCGAACAUGUUCGACUCGCCGCCAGCGUACAAUGGCAUCAACAAUCCGGAAAACACCGUCCCCAACGAGGAGGGACUGGUCACUAUCCGGCUGGCGGCAGACGAACAGGGACGCUUCGGUUUCAACGUGAAGGGUGGCGUCGAUCUUAACCUUCCGGUACAGGUUUCACGGGUGGCACCGCACACACCGGCAGACAGAAGCACGCCGCGGAUCUGCGAGGGCGAUCAGCUGGUGAUGAUCAACGGGCGCGAUGUGAGCACCAUGAUGCACGAACAGGUUGUGAAUUUAAUACGAGCUUCCCGACAAGGGGGUGAGCUGAUGCUCACGUUAAAACCGAAUGCCUUAGUCGACUAUACGGAGGAGGAACCACUGUAUCAGUACGUUCCAGAGGAGAAUGAUAUGCGGGGAGAAUUGAACGGCGAUCAGCUGUUUACACAAUCGCUGCUUUUAUUGAGCGACGGAUUGGCGUCCGGCUCUUUGCUGGCGCAGUACGAACAAUUGUACAGGAAAAAUUCUGACCUAGCUAUCACGGAAGCUAGGAAGAAUGAAAACAUGAAUAAAAAUCGCUAUCGUGAUAUUUCGCCUUACGAUUGUACCCGUGUAGUACUGCUGAAUGCGGAAAGCGGUGACUACAUCAACGCAAACUACGUCAACAUGGAAAUCCCGCCAACGGGGACAAUCAAUCGGUACAUCGCAACCCAAGGGCCGCUCUCGACUACUGUCAACGAUUUCUGGCGAAUGGUUCAGCAGGAAAGCAGCCACUUAGUGGUAAUGCUUACCACCGUGAUGGAACGAGGUCGCCCCAAAUGCCAUCAAUACUGGCCAUCGGCCGACGAGGAACCGCUAGCCCUGUCGGAAGGGUUUUCCAUCAAAUGCAUCACCGAGAAACCGGACGAAACGGGAAGUUUCGUGUUUCGAGAUCUAGUACUGACCGAUGAAAAGACAGCCGAGAUUAGAACUAUUCAGCACAUGCAGUAUCUAGCCUGGCCCGAUCAUGGUGUUCCUGCUAAUCCGGAACUGUUCCUUCAGUUUACCGAAAAAGUGCGGGCCGCUCGAAAUACCACCCUUUUACAGGAAAUCGAAGCCAGCUUGAAAAACGUAAAACUACGAACGAUGGACGAGAACGGCGGGUUGGAUAUGUCCGAGCGACGCAUCGUUCACACCGAUAGCGACGAAAGUCCGAAUGAUAUGCCAUCCUCAACCUCGGUGCAUCAAUACAUCAGCGCUGCCAAUCCACCAAUUAUUGUUCAUUGUUCCGCUGGUAUCGGACGAACGGGCGUGUUAAUCCUGAUGGACACCGCCUUGGCACUGAUGGAGGAAAAGGAGCCAAUCUAUCCGUUGGACAUCGUACAGGCUAUGCGAGAUCAACGCGCCUGCAUGGUGCAAAAUGUGAGUCAGUAUCGUUUCGUGUGCGAAUGCAUUUGUGCAGCUUACAAAAAUAUGAUAACCAGAGAGACAGCGGAAUCGAAGCCGACUUUAGCCGGGGUCAAAACUCCGACUACCACGACUUUGAAGUUCGUUGCCACUACCAAUGGUGCUGGGGGAGGUUUGGUGGGUAAUUCUUCUUCCGGCGAGGAAGACACAUCGCCCAUCGAUGAUGAAUCAAGGGCAGGCAGAAAGGCACCACUAGCCGUAGCGACUACUAGUCUGACGACGACACCGACCACCAAUAACAUUACGCCAACCAACAGCAAUGAGGAGACACCGAAACCUACGGCCAGCGUGAACGUUAGCACUUGAUUAGAAACCGUGGUCUAGGUUCCGACCUAGAUUUAUAUAUUUUUGACGAAAAAGGAUUUUAACCGUAUGUUUAAGUUCAAUAUUUACGUAAUCGUAUUAUCCCCGUGUCUUGUCCGUAGAUUUACGACUGACAGUUACAUAUUUAUGAAAAGCUAUUCCUAGUUUGCCCCCAACAGUAAUUAUCACAAACAAACACACACACAUAAUCGUAUACUCCUAAGUGGUUGUAACAACAAUUUUCAUAAGAUUAUUCUAGCAGUGUUAAAUACAUUAAAUACGAAUCGUCAUUAUCACUUUCAAUCGAUUAGUAGAGUAAACUCAAGUAGACUGUAAUUACACAGCUGUAUGUAGGUUCUCAAUCCGGUGUAUGUUUCCUCUGAUUAUUUACGUUAGCAGCCAGAAGCCAUUUUUUCGUAACUCCUACAAUCGACUUUUCAGCUCCGAUUUGAUGUUAAUAUAAAUCUUUGCGUAUUAA